AUGCUCGAAGAUGACGUACGAGCAGCCACCCAGCAAGUCUUGGUUGCCGAACAGGCAUCCAGAGGGGGUGCCCAAAGAAGUGCCAAACUUCCGGAUCGGCCAAGGUCGUCCGAUCGAAGGCAGGAAGGGCCAAGUCGCUCGGAAAUGCCACUCCUCACACCUCUUUCCAUAUCCUAUGAGAAGCUCAUCCCUGUAAUCCAAGGCAUGUCCGACUUCAGGUUGCCUAGACCCCUUGGAAUGGACCCAUCCAAACGUGAUCAUAGUAAGAAAUGCGCCUUCCAUAAGGAGCAUGGUCACACAACGGAGGAAUGCAGGUGCCUCCAUUAUUUGGUCGAAAGGCUCACAAAGGCGGGACAUUUGAAGCAGUACCUCCGCUCAGAUGCCGGAGGAAGAGAUGCUUCCCGAAAUCACAACUUUGGAGCCCCCACGGCUUCGGCCGCCCCCAAGGCCAUUAUAAACUAUAUUAAUGGAGGUCCAUCGGAUGAGGAGCAUGACUCCAAGCGAAAGAGACAGAGAUUGUUACGGGAAGCAUUAGUGCGUGAGCGUACCAAUUCCAUCCGGCCUGGGAUAACUGGGAGGGGCCCUCGCCCUAUAGAUGGGACAAUCAUUUUCCCACCAGUGGACCCCACCCGGAUAUUGCAGCCGCACCGCGACGCCCUCAUCCUGUCCUUAGAGAUGGGAAAUUUUGACGUAAGACGCAUCCUGGUUGACCCGGGCAGCUCGACCGAUCUUGUACAAGCAUCGGUCAUUAGCCACAUGGGACACAAUCUCAUAGGCCUCGAAAAUCCUGGACGAAUUUUGUCCGGAUUCAACGGGGCAUCAACUACUUCCUUGGGAGAUAUUAUACUACGGUCCAAGUGGCCCAGUCACUCUCAAUGUACAAUUUUCGGUGGUACAAGAUUUACCACCCUUCAACGUCAUCUUGGGGCGCACAUGGCUGCACUACAUGAAAGCCAUCCCCUUACCUAUCAUCAAAGGGUAAGCUUCCUUACCAAGGAUGGACAAAUCGACCUAUACAUCAGCCAGUUAGCCGCUCGCCAAUGCUACCAGAUAGCACGAGAAGCAGGGACUAGUCAGGAGAAUGAACCCCUCCCUGAGCCCACUCAUGCACCUGACCAAUAG